CUUUUUUAAUAAAAUUUGAAAGGUUAUACGAAUAUAAAAUUUACGUAUAAAGAUGAAAUGUUGCAUAAAUUUGUUUCGCAUUUUUUAACAAAGUGAAUAUAAUGAUUUCUGAGGUCCUUUUUAAAAAAAUUUGAUUAUUAUUUUUAACCAAGUUCAAUAAAGGUAAAUGAUUGGCCGAUUCAAAAAAAUUUGUACAACCAACUUCUAUAUACGUUACUAUUUAUCAAAUACAAUAAAUCAAAUUUUGGGGUAAAAAAACUAUUAUUACUUUAAAUCUAUUUAAACCUCAUUUUUAUAGGGUAGAUUUUAUAAAAGGGGACUCGGAAUUAUUAAUCAAAUACCUUUUUUUUCAAUCGAUAAGCUUUUUUCCCAAAAAUGGCAGACACAAAUUAUUUUUAUGAUAUUGAAAUUUUUUCUUUAACCUCUACGACACAAAAUCCUUUACACCUACUUGCCGAUGCCGCUUUUAUUUCUGAAAAUACUAAUAACUCAAAUAAAUUGACUCAGCAUGAAAUACCUUCUCAUUAUACUAAAUGUUCUACGAAUUGUUCUGAUUAUAAUCGAGAAAUGUUUGGAAAAUCAGCAACUUCAAACUAUUCAACAAACUUAACUGACAAUAAUGAAACUAUGAAACUUGAACAAAAAAAGAUUAAACCAAUUAAGUCAGGUCAUAAUACAAAUAUUAAAACAAACUCACAAAUCAAAAGUUCAAAUGAUGAUUGCUUAAAUACUGGUUUCUCAACUUUAUCUAAAAAUUCAUCUAUCUCUGACUUAAAUUUCAAUUCUAAUAAGCAAGAUUUCAGGGUUAGGAGUCUGGCAGUAGAAUUUAAAUAUGAUAAAGAAAAAAUACAAUUAUUGGAACCAAAUUCUGUGGCUAGCAAGAAUCAAGAUAUUAAAAAUCCAUUCCAUUUAUUCAAUAAUGGUAAAAUUAUUGAAGAUAUUAAAAAACCAAUCUCAUUAUCCAGCAAUGAUAAAUCCAAGGAUGAUGAUAUUAAAAGACCAAUCUCAUUAAUCAGCAAUGAUAAAUCCAAAGAUGAUGUUACUAAAAAACUAAUCUCAUUACCCAGCAAUGAUAAAUUCAAGGAUGAUAAAUUUAAAGAUGAUAAAUUCAAAGAUGAUAAAUCCAAAGAUGAUAAAUCCAAAGAUGAUAAUAUUAAAAAACCAGUUUCAUUAUCCAGCAAUAAUAAAUCUAAAGAUAAUAAUAUUAAAAAACCUAUUCAAUUAUCUAAUAAGAAUUCUAGAAGAAAAAUCACAAAGAAACAAAAUAAUGCUGAAAGAAAAAAGAAAAGAAUUGUAAAAAAUCAUGAUCCUUCACAACUAAGAAUUCAUGCUAAAACUUAUACUACCAGAUCAAAUAGAAUUAGUAAACCACCAUCUGCAUCUUCAGCAGGUGGAAGAUGGACUGGAUCUUAAAUCUUUUCACAGUAUUUUAUUAAAUAUUUAAUUUUUUUGGAAAUAUUUUUAUUUACUGUAUUUCUAUAGGUAUUGAUUUUUAAUUAAUUAUUUAAAAAUCAACCCAUUUUAUAUUUUUAAUUUUAUUUUUAUUUUUAUUUUUAUUUUUUUUAUAUAUAACUAUAUAUUUUUUUAUUUGUUUUUAUAUAGUCAUCUG